CGCUGAGAGUCAUUAUAAAUAGUGUGUAGUAUAGCGGAACUCUGACCCGGAUGUUUCGGCGCUCUACUUCUGCACGUCUAAUCCUCUUAUCACCGACAAGCGGCAGAGAUGGAUAUUGUCAACCAGUUGGUCGCCACUGGGCAGUUCACAAUUUUCAAGCAGCCAUUAGGAUUCAUUAAAGUCUUGCAAUGGUUUUUUGCCAUCUUUGCAUUUUCCACCUGUGGCGGUUACUCUGGAGUGUUUCGUCUGAGUGUGGAGUGUAAGAAUCGAACAGAAAGUAAUCUCAAUGUUGAGGUUGAAUUUGGCUACCCGUUCAGAUUGCACCAGGUGUGGUUUGAUGCUCCUACAUGUAAAGAGGCGCAGCCUGAGCGAAUCUUCCUGGUGGGCGACAAUUCUUCCUCUGCUGAGUUCUUUGUCACCAUUGGUGUCUUUUCCUUCCUUUAUUCAAUGGCAGCCAUCUCUGUGUAUGUCUUCCUCCUGGAGAAAUACCGUGAAGGAAACAAAGGCGCUCAGGCCGAUUUCGUGGUGACUGCUAUUUUUACCUUCAUGUGGUUGGUAAGUUCAUCAGCGUGGGCCAAAGGUCUCUCUGAUGUCAAGAGGGCCACAGACCCCGAUGAGGUCCUCAAUCUCAUUGCUGCAUGUGACCACGAGGAAAACCAGUGUAAAGAAAUCCACGAACCUGUGAUGUCUGGCCUAAACACAUCUGUGGCAUUUGGGUUCUGUAAUGUGGUGCUGUGGGCAGGGAACCUGUGGUUUGUCUUAAAGGAAACAGGCUGGCUUGCAGCUUUUGCUGGCACUUAUGUGUCCUCCGGAGAGAAGCAGCCAGCCCCAGACUCUUUCGGCCAGGGCUAUGGACAGGAAGGUUAUGCUGGCACUCAGGGGGGUUACCAGCCAGACUAUGGCCAGCAGAGUGGUGGAUACGAAGGCGGAGGCUACAACCAAGGAGAGUAUGGUCAGGGUGAGCCCACCUCUUUUUCCAAUGAGAUGUGAGCCCAGCCACGUGGGCUGAAACACCGCACUGAUCACAUCGAGAGGAUGGUCAUGUGACCAGUCAGCAUGGAAACCGUUAGCUUCGUUUCCGCUCUGUUCAAUCUUUCUGUAUGAGUUGGGAAGGGAAUGGGAAGGGGAGGGCACAUUUGAGCAGGGUUGUUAAAAACAACAUAACCAAAUGGGAAAUGCAUUGGACCCAGGAGGAAAUGUGACCCUUAUUUCAAUAUGCUAUUAUAUCCAGUGGAAUAUUAUACAUUUUUUGAUGAGGAAAAACUUGAACAUGCUACCAAAAAAAAAGAAGACUAUUAUGUAAAUGUUAUCCAAGAUGGGCUGUUUGAAUGAAUUAUAGGAAUUAUACUAAUAUUAAAGUGAAUGUGUUUGUCUUUAUGGUGUAAAUAUCAAUUAUAUUUAAAUAGAUAUACGGUAUUGUGAAUUACACCUAAUGUUGUUUUAUUUUUGUGACUUUUUAUUUAUUGUAGUGGUGUUUUCUACCACCACAUCAUCUUCACUGUUCAACCCACAUUAAGAGUGCUGACCUUAAACCACCUUAAUGAAUGCGUGAUAUUCUUGUGUGUGUGUGUGUGUGUGUGCGUGUGUGUGUGUGUGUGUGAGAGAGAGAAACAUUCUUGUAAAGUUUGUGUGAACCCAGAUGAUAGAUAGUGUAUAAUGGUUAUGUCAAUCUCUGGUAAGUGAAAGUUACUCAAGUGAAACAGUCUUUGGCCCUCAAUAAUGUGCACAAAUUAUGCAGAUAUAUUUCCUUUUCUUGUUUGGUUUACUGUCCAAAAAUUUAUAGGUCCAAUUGUACAGACAAGGCUUAAGCCUAGUCCCAGACUAAAAUGCAUGUUUGAGCUGUCUCAACUUAAAACAGCUUGCACUGACAAAAUAUAUCAAUUCCAUUGUUAUGUCUCAAGAUGCACAUCAGUAAUGUUUUUUUUCUAAAGCACAUUCAUAAUUUAACUAAGGCUUACUUCUGAAUUAAUCUAAACCAUGUCUGUGAAACUGCCCUAUAAUAUUAAUCUGCUUUUGCAAAUUUGUCUUAAUAAUAUUUAUGUUAUAAAAGCCCAUAUAGAAAAAUGAACACUUAGUGGGGGUGCUUCAGUACUUGAUGUUUUCCUAUAUAGUGCUGUGAAACACCACUGCUCUUAUUCAAAUAUAGGCACAAAUGUGACUGAUCCAUUUACAGUCUUUCUAAAAGUACAUGUCUUUGAUUAUUGACUUUUUGUUCCUAAUGAAAUUGGUUUUGUAUGCGCACUGUCUUUCACAUGACGGUCCAUAUUGCUUUCUUCUCUUCCUCGUUAUAUUGUCUGAUAAUGCGAAAUAAAACCCUGUUAGAACAUGUCGUGUGGUGAUGGUAUCCAGUGUGCUUGUCUUUUAUAAGGUUUUAACCUUUAUGAAAUAAAUAACCUCUGACUCAAAGGUUAAGGUUUUGAAGAUUAAAGCAUCUUUAGUUAUCUUUAAGUAUGAUACAGUCUGGAUAU